AUGGCCGACAACUGCUGCUCCCCCUGCUGCCGGCCGUCUUGCUGCGUGCCCGUGUGCUGCGAGCCCGUGUGCUGCGAGCCCGUGUGCUGCGUUCCCGUCUGUUGCAAACCCACUUGCUGUCCCACCCCGUGCUGCCGCCCAGCCUCCCGCGUGGCUCUGCUCUGCCGCCCGGCCUGCGGUGCGCCCUGCGGGACUGGCUGCGGCUCGGCCUCUUCCUGCGGAGACGGCCCCUGCCAGGCCUCCUGCUGCCAGCCGGCCUGUGGCCGGGACAGUUGCUGCGGCUCAGUCUGCUGCGGGUCCGGCCCUUGCCAGUCCUCCUGCUGCCAACCAUCUUGCUGCCGGCCCGUCGUGUGCGUGCCCGUCUGCUCCCAACCGUACCCGGCAACCGACGAUACGGACGCCACCUUCUGCCCCGGGCCCUGCAUUCCCACGGCCUCCGCCGUCUCCGUCUGCUCAAGCGAGGGAAGUUGCGGGAGUCUCGUCCGCCCGCCCGGUUCUUGCAACGGUUCAUCGUGUCCCCUGGACAACUGCCAAGAGACCUGCUGCGAACCUCCCUGCUGCGCGCCAUCCUGUUGCAGACCUAGCCGCUGCCAGCCCGCUUGCUGCAGCGCGGGGUCCUGCCCACCCCCCCGCCGCGUGGCUCUCCUCUGCCGGCCGGUUUGCGGCGCGCCCGCCGGCUGCCAGUCAUCCUGUGGCCCCAGCACCUGCCAGUUGGCCUGCACCGGCUCCUGCUCACCAUCUUGCUGCCAAGACUCAUGUUGCCAACAGUCUUGCUGCCAAGACUCUUGCGGCCAAUCCGCUAACUGUCAAUCAGCUGGCUGCGAAGACUCUUGCUGCCUCCCCACUUGCUGCAAACCAGUCUGCUGCGUCCCCGUAGGCCGCGAGCCAGUCUGCUGCGUGCCCACCCCCUGCCCAAAUGCCUCCUGCGGAGACCCCUGCUGCCGGCCCUCUUGCUGCGUCUCCACCUGCCGCCGCCCCGCCUCCUGCGUAUCCCUCCUCUGCCGCCCAGUUUGUAGCCGCCCGGUCUGUUGCGUGCCCGUCCGCUGCAAGCCGGCCUGCUGCGUCUCCAGCUGCUGCGCGUCUGUCCCCCGCCAGCCCUCUUGCUGUCGGUCCUCCUCCUGCGCCUCUGUGAUCUGCCGACCCAUCCGCGGCCGGCCCGCUUGCUGCGGGGUCACUUCCGGCCAGAGGUCUUGCUACCACCCGUACCCAGCCACUGACAAUAUGGCCUCCACCUGCUGCCCCGGGCCCUGCAUUCCCACGGCUUCCGCCGUCUCCGUCUGUUCGAGCGAGGGCAGUUGCGGGAGCCUCGUCUGCCUGCCCGGUUCUUACAGCGUUUCAUCCUACGCCCUGGACAACUGCCAAGAGACCUGCUGCGAACCUGCCUGCUGCGCGCCUUCCUGUUGCGUACCUAGCUGCUGCCAGCCAGCCUGCUGCGGUACAGUGUGCUGCCCACCCCCCUGCCGUGUGUCUCUCCUCUGCCGGCCAGUUUGCCGGUCAUCCUGUGGCCCCAGCACCUGCCAUUUGGGCUGCGCCAAUUCUUGCUCGCCAUCUUGCUGCCAAGACUCUUGCUGCCAGGACUCUUGCGGCCAAUCCGCUGGUUGUGAGGACUCUUGCUGCCUCCCCGUUUGCUGCAAGCCAGUCUGCUGCACCCCCGUAUGCUGCAGGCCAGUCUGCUGCACCCCCGUAUGCUGCGAGCCAGUCUGCUGCGUGUCCACCCCCUGCCCGAGCGCCCCCUGCGGAGACUCCUGCUGCCGGCCCUCUUGCUGCGACUCCACCUGCCGCCGGCCCGCUUCCUGCGUAUCCCUCCUCUGCCGGCCCGUUUGCCGCCGCCCGGUCUGUUGCGUGCCCGUCUGCUGCAAGCCGGCCUGCUGCGACUCCAGCUGCUGCGCGCCUGCCCCCUGCCAGCCCGCUGGCUGCCGGGCCGCCUCCUGCGUCUCCAUGAUCUGCCGGCCCAUCUGCGACCGGCCCGCCUGCUGCGGGGUCUCUUCCGGGCAGAAGUCUUGCUGCUGA